UCGACCACCGCCCACGCGGGAGUCCUUCGCCGCAGGACGACCAUGCUGGGUUUUCUGGAUCCUAGGGGACUUUUCGAAGGUAGUCAUUCGUCGGGGGCGUGCUGCAACGCGCAGGGCUUGUGCGAAGCAGCGAGAUUCCCCCCAGCUGGGGCCUGUACAGCUGAUUGGUGGCAGAGCGUGGUGGUGGACAUGCGUCCGCUGGGCCACUCUAGUUCGCUGAGUCGGCAGGGAGAUCGCGCGCCGUCCGACAAUGUCUCUUGUGUCCACUCCGCGCUGUCAGCCUCCCUGUGUUCAAAAAGGCCAUCCCCGAUUAAGUACACUUCUGUUAGUUCCCCUGCGUAUAUGGCGCCCGCGAUGCGCUCCCUCUUGCCGGCAGUCUUGUGCUGCGGGGCGGCGGGCAUGAGCCUGCUGAAGCCGAAGAAGGCGCCGCGUCAGAUGCCCAGGGCGCUGGUGGCGACGAUGGUCAUGCCAAGCGACGAGACCCCGGUUGACCUCAUGAUGGAGCACCACAUGCGCAUGAUCAGUGGCAACAUGAGCAUUUUGGAGGGGGCCGUCAUCGACAACCGACCGCCUUGGGCCGAGCAGCCCAGCGCGCAGGAGCCCCUGCUGUCGCGCUACAGGCGAACCCAGGGCAGCACGGGAAGCGUUCAGGUGAAGAGCGUGGACUACUCGAAGCUGAGCGCUCUGAUGGCCCGCUUCUUCAGCGCCGGCGACCUUCAGCUCAACAGCAGGAUGCUGCGGCUGGCUUCGCACAGUGCUCGGAGCCAAGGCCUGGAUCCGCCCACCAACGUCUCGAAGCUCGACGAGAAGGCCAACGCUGCGCGGCUCCUGGGCAUGCUGAACUUCCUGGAGUUGUGUGCGGACGCGGACUCUGAGGUCGACAUGUGCAUCUUCGUGGACUCGACGACCUUCCUGUACCGCGAGAACCAGACCGGGUUGGUCGAGGUGGCGGCCAAGCUGUUCCAGCAGGACCCGAUGGCGGUGGUGCUGCAGCCGCCGGACAUGUGCACGCACACGCGAGCCUCCAAGAAGGGCGUCUGCAAGGUGGGAAACGCCACGACCAUCAACCACGGGUUCUUCGUGGUCAACCGCGACCGCUUCGAGGGCUUCGCGCCGAUGCCAGUGGAGAGCGCAGGCCUGGGGAGCAUCUUCGAGGAGAUUUUCGCCGAGGGUCUGACAAAGGGCGGCGUUGAGGGCGCGGUGAAGCAGAUCAGGUGCGGCGGCGCUUUCUUCAUCCACCCGUACGACGACAGCUUGGGGAAGUAUGCUUGCCCGAAGCAGCAGACGCUCGGGCUGCCUGCGCACGCCCGCGCAACGGUCAGCGGAGCAAGGACCAAGAGGAUGUCGGACGGCCACUUCGACGAGGACUACUCGCGCUUCCCGGGCAAAGCCGAGGGCGCCGCCGCGGUGAAGUCUCUGAUCGAUCGCGUCGAGGCAGGCAAGUUCCCCGAGGCCAAGUACCCAGAGAGCGUCACCAACAAGUGCCUCAACAUGUGCCCCUCGAAGGAGCGCAUCAGGGACGGCCUCGCGUGGUGAGGCCCUGCUCACAAGUAUUCGAUUCUGCACACGCCUAGAAAAGUACCAUCUUCGAUUUCCCCAGUCGUUCGGUUCAGUCAGUAGUUUCCAUGUGCCCUCUCCUUCUCGUAUCCGCUGCGAGCGGCGUGGGCGUUAGAGCGGGCCUGGGCUCGCAGGUGACGCGGCCUGGCGUGCUCCUUCUCUCGCGAAGGUGGCUGACGUGGGGCACGGCUCUUUCGCGAGCGGCCAUUCACAAUACUCGAAUAAUAAAUUGCAUGCGCAAGCUUUCGGAGCUCCGCGCCGAUUUCAAUCAUCGGCGCUGGACCCCCCUGGCGUCGCCUCCGGCGCCGUCCCUGGCGCGUUCCGCGCGCAAGAGGGGGGUUACACCGCCGAUUCAAGAAAUCUGCGCGGAUUUUAGGAAGUUUAUGUUUACGCAGUUUGUUCUUCCUCUAUUGUUGUCAUUUACGAAGGUUUCUCCAGCGGCCAGCGGUCAGGCAUCAGUCUCGCCUGUCUAUCUUGUUCAGAAGAACUUCCUUACCCCCCGCAAGCUGCUUGACGCCAACAGUGAUACUUCCCUCGGCAGGUGAUGCCCCCCCCUCGGCGAGUGGCAUCCGCGGUCAUAUCUCGCCUUUACUUCUCCCUUCUCUCGUUGUCCCCG